AUGAUUUUCUCUACAUCAUUUUCCAAAUUCUCGGAGAUCAGUACGACUACAACAGCCGGUCUUGAAGAUGUAGAGAAUGCUGCGAUUCGCAAAUGGGCUGCCAUGUGGCGCUCCAUAACGCUGUCUGUCUUGGAGCAUACGUAUUUGCCUUAUUAUAGUUAUAUUCACUAUCUGGACCUGGAAGGCCUAUGGCACCUUCUUUGUGAUCUAGCAUUCUUUACCCCGGAGAUUGAUGACUAUUUGUCUCCUGCAUAUUGGAUGAAAGGAAACAGGUGGCUCCGUUCCUCUGCCAAAUCAUUUGAUAAAGACUUUGUUCUGUUGACAAUCGGCUCGGGUUAUAUCAUUACAACACAUCGCACUAGGAGGCACCUAACUGGAUAUCAAGUGCAACCCUCCGAGCUAGCUGAAUUCCUUCAACAAUUACCCUCUCUCCAAACACUAAGUGUCUCGUCCGGCGCCUCUCUUACGGAUCAUGUGAGAGACACGAUCCGAAACCAUUGCCCCGACCUUAAACAACUCACAAUACACUCAUGGGAUGGUGAACAGCCUAUAUCCAGCCAUUCCCACCUAGGACCCCGCAUGAUUAGGGCCCUGGGCUCACAUUGGAACUCACUAAGAGAACUCAAGCUGGCUUAUCUCGGGAUCACAGCAAUCAACGAGUUGCUCUCACUAACCGUACCACCAGCUUUAAAGGUCUUAGUAUUAGAAAAUACUAUAAAUGUGGGCUACAUUGAAGCAUGCUCCCAACUGACACCCCGAGUCGCGGGUUGGAUAAGCAGCUGUAAAGCCCUACAGCAACUCGAGCUCAAACAAUUCAUGGACGACGAACUUAUACUCGCACAAGCCCUCCUCGAGAAGAGCCUCCGUCUAUCCAGCCUCUCAUUAGCAGGCUACAGUAUACGAAAUGCCAGUCUCUUCCACGAGGCCCUGCACCACCAGCCAUCACUACAAAAUCUGUAUCUGAAAGGCGAAGGAAGCGACAAACCCGAGCACAACAAAUCCCUGUUUCAGGCUAUCAGCCAACUAAACAAUCUCCGCGAUCUAGAGCUCGAAGGCGUAUCGGACGGUUUCACCACCGACGACGUAAUAGCACUAACACCCCUCUUCCCCAAUCUCGAACGACUCAGUAUCGGCGGCAAAUAUUUCCGCGACGACAUAUGGAAUGCAUUCCUCUGUCUCCCUAAGCUCAAAAGCCUCCUCAUCCUCGGCCGCAGUGAAUUCAAAGCCAAGGGCGUUCUUGACUUCAUCGGCCAGCUAGGACCCGGAAACAGAGGUUUCAGUUUGUCCAUCUUAAAAUCGACGAUCGACACGAAUAUCCACGAGUUUGCCGAGGCUUAUAUUCGUGAUGCCCUGAUAUCUAAACUCGAAGAGGAAUUUGAGACGGAAUCCGAGAUAGAAUCCGAGGACGAUAUUUCCGAAUGA